UCUCUUGGCUUCACCAGGGCCCACCGGAGAGAGCUGACACCCGGGUCCUAUAAUCCUUAUGGGGGACCAACCUUGUACCUCCGGGAGAUCCACGCUCCAGCCUGGAAACACGCGGGAAAUCAAGCCUCCAAAAAAGCGCUGCCUCCUAGCUCCACGUUGGGAUUAUCCAGAAGGAACCCCCAACGGAGGUAGUACCCCUCUCCCUUCCACACCUCCUCCAGCAUCACCGGGCCUGAAGUCGCACCCACCUUCUCCGGAGAAAUAGUACAAUAUACUUCUCUCACCCCAAACCAGUCUUUGAGGGAUUGCAGUAUGACUCCAUUUCCUUGGUGCAUCCAUAAAAUAAUUAUUCAGUGAAGACAAUGAAGAUUAUUGACAACGCUACCCUGCUUUUCUGAUGUCCUGCUUCAGGAAGUUGUGAUUUUUAAGGGCUUCCCUGGUGGCGCAGUGGUUGGGAGUCCGCCUGCCGAUGCACGGUAUGCGGGUUCAUGCCCCCGUACAGAAAGAUCCCACAUUCCAUGGAGCGGCUGGGACCGGGAGCCAAGGCCGCUGAGCCUGUGCGUCCAGACCCUGUGCUUCACAACAGGAGAGGCCACAGCAGUGAGAGGGCUGUGUACGGCAAAAAACAAACAAAAAAAUUGCUUAAUACUUAUUUUUUAUGUUAAUUUAUUUUAUUUUGCCUUUAUUUUAUUUUCUUUUAUCCCCUUUCUUGCUUUAUUUCUACCUUUUCUCCCUUUUAUUCUGAGCCAUGUGGAUGAAAGGCUCUUGGUGCUACAGCCAGGAGUCAGUGCUGUGCCUCUGUGGUGGGAGAGUCAACGUCAGGACACUGGUCCACAAGAGACCACCCAGCUCCACGUAAUAUCAAAUAGUGAAAAUCUCCCAGAGAUCUCCAUCUCAUCAUCAACACCCAGCUUCACUCAACGACCAGCAACUACAGUGCUGGACACUCUAUGCCAAACAACUAGCAAGACAGGAAAACAAAACCACCCAUUAUCAGAGAGGCUGACUAAAAUAAUAAUAAGUCCACAGACACCCCAAAACACACCACCAGACAUGGACCUGCCCACCAGAAAGAUAAGAUCCAGCCUCAUCCACCAGAACAAAGGCACUAGUCCUAUCCACCAGGAAGCCUACACAACCCACUGAAACAACUUUAGCCAUGGGGACAGACACAAAAAAUGACGGGAAUUACAAACCUGCAGCCUGAAAAAAGGAGACCUGAAACACAGUAAGAUAAGCAAAAUGAGAAGACAGAAGUAUACACAGCAGUUGAAGGAGCAAGAAAAAACCCCAACAAAACUAGCUAAUGAAGAGGAAAUAGGCAGUCUACCUGCAAAAGAACUCAGAAUAAUGAUAGUAAAGAUGAUCCAAAAUCUUGGAAAUAGAAGAGACAAAAUGCAAGAAACAUUUAAAAAGGACAUAGAAGAAAUAAAGAUAAAACAAGCAAUGAUGAACAACACAAUAAAUGAAAUUAAAAAUACUCUAGAAGGGAUCAGUAGCAGAAUAACUGAGGGAGAAGAACAGAUAAGUGACCUGGAAGAUAAAAUAGUGGAAAUAACUACUGCACAGCAGAAUAAAGGAAAAAGAAGGAAAAGAACUGAGGACAGUCUCAGAGACCUCUGGGACAACAUUAAACACACCAACAUUCGAAUUAUAGGGAUUCCAGAAGAAGAAGAGAAAAAGAAAAGGACUGAGAAAAUAUUUGAAGAGAUUAUAGUUGAAAACUUCCCUAAUAUGGGAAAGGAAAUAGUUAAUCAAGUCAAGGAAGCACAGAGUCCCAUACAGGAUAAAUCCAAGGAGAAACAUGCCAAGAAACAUAUUAAUCAAACUGUCAAAAAUGAAAUACAAAGAAAACAUAUUAAAAGCAGCAAGGGAAAAACAACAAAUAACACACAAGGUAAUCCCCAUAAGGUUAACAGCUGAUCUGUCAGCAGAAAAUCUGCAAGCCAGAAGGGAGUGGCAGGAUAUAUUUAAAGUGAUGAAGGGCAAGAACCUACAACCAAGAUUAUUCUACCCAUCAAGGAUCUCAUUCAGCUUUGACAGAGAAAUUAAAAUCUUCAGAGACAAGCAAAAGCUGAGAGAGUUCACCACCACCAAACCAGCUUUACAAUAAAUACUAAUGGAUCUUCUCUACACAGGAAACACAAGAGAAGGAAAAGACCUACAAUAAUGAACCCAAAACAAUAAAGAAAAUGGGAAUAGGAACAUAGAUAUCGAUAAUUACCUUAAAUGUAAAUGGAUUAAAUGCUUCCACCAAAAGAAACAGACUGGAUGAAUGGAUACAAAAACAAGACCCAAAUAUAUGCUGUGGACAAGAGACCCACGUCGGACCUACAGACACACACAGACGGAAAGUGAGGGGAUGGAAAAAGAUAUUCCAUGCAAAUGGAAACCAAAAGAAAGCUGGAGUAGCAAUUCUCAUAUCAUACAAAAUAGACAUUAAAAUAAAGAGCAUUAGAAGAGACAAAGAAGGACACUACAUAAUGAUCAAUGGAUUGAUCCAAGAAGAAGAUAUAACAAUUGUAAAUAUUUAUGCAUCCAACAUAGGAGCACCUCAAUACCUAAGGCAAAUACUAACAGCCAUAAAAGGGGAAAUUGACAGUAACACAUUCAUAGUAGGGGACUUUAACACCCCACUUUCACCAAUGGACAGAUCAUCCAAAAUGGAAAUAAAUAAGGAAACACAAGCUUUAAAUGAUACAUUAAACAAGAUGGACUUAAUGGAUAUUUAUAGGACAUUCCAUCCAAAAACAACAGAAUACACAUUUUUCUCAAGUGCUCAUGGAACAUUCUCCAGGAUAGAUCAUACCUUGGGUCACAAAUCAAGCCUUGGUAAAUUUAAGAAAAUUGAAAUUGUAUCAAGUAUCUUUUUGGACCACAAUGCAAUGAGACUAGGUAUCAAUUAAAGGAAAAGAUCUGUAAAAAAUACAAACACAUGGAGGCUAAACUAUACACUGCUUAACAAAGAAGUGAUCACUGAAGAAAUCAAGGAGGAAAUCAAAACAUACCUAGAAACAAAUGACAAUGGACACAUAGUGACGCAAAACCUACGGGAUGCAGCAAAAGCAGUUCUAAAAGGGAAGUUUAUAGCAAUACAAUCCUACCGUAAGAAACAGGAGACAUCUUGAAUAAACAACCUAACAUUGCACCUAAAGCAAUUAGAGACAGAAGAACAAAAACCACCAAAGUUAGCAGAAGGAAAGAAAUCAUAAUGAUUAGACCAGAAAUAAAUGAGAAAGAAAUGAAGGAAAUGAUAGCAAAGAUCAAUAAAACUAAAAACUGGUUCUUUGAGAAGAUAAAAAUAAUUGAUAAACCAUUAGCCAGACUCAUCAAGAAAAAAAGGGAGAACACUCAAAUCAAUAGAAUUAGAAAUGAAAAAGGAGAAGUAACAACUGACACUGCAGAAAUACGAAAGAUCAUGUGAGAUUACUGCAAGCAACUCCAUGACAAUAAAAUGGACAACCUGGAAGAAAUGGACAAAUUCUUAGAAAUGCACAACCUGCCAAGACUGAAUCAGGAAGAAAUAGAAAAUAUGAGCAGACCAAUCACAAGCACUGAAAUUCAAACUGUGAUUAAAAAUCUUCCAACAAACAAAAGCCCAGGACCAGAUGGCUUCACAGGCGAAUUCUGGCAAACAUUUAGAGAACGGCUCACACCUAUCCUUCUCUAAAUCUUCUAAAAUAUAGCAGAGGAAGGAACACUCCCAAACUCAUUCUAUGAGGCCACCAUCACCCUGUCACCAAAACCAGACAAGGAUGUCACAAAGAGAGAAGACUACAGGCCAAAUCAGUGAUGAACAUAGAUGCAAAAAUCAUCAACAAAAUACUAGCAAACAGGAUUCAACAGUACAUUAAAAGGAUCCUACACCGUGAUCAAGUGGGGUUUAUUCCAGGAAUGCAAGGAUUCUUCAAUAUACGCAAAUCACUCAACGUGAUACACCAUAUUAAAAAAUUGAAGAAAAAAAACCAUAUGAUCAUCUCAAGAGAUGCAGAGAAAGCUUUCCACAAAAUUCAACACCGAUUUAUGAUAAAAACCCUGCAUAAAUAGGCACAGAGGGAACUUUCCUCAACAUAGUAAAGGCCAUAUAUGACAAACCCACAGCCAACAUCGUCCUCAAUGGUGAAAAACUGAAAGCAUUUCCACUAAGCUCAGGAACAAGACAAGGUUGCCCACUCUCAACACUCUUUUUCAAAAUAGUUUUGGAAAUUUAGCCACAGAAAUCUGAGAAGAAAAGGAAAUAAAAUGAAUCCAAAUUGGAAAAGAAGAAGUAAACCUGUCACUGUUUUCAGAUGACAUGAUACUAUACAUAGAGAAUCCUAAAGGUGUUACCAGAAACUACUAGAACUAAUCAAUAAAUUUGGUAAAGUAGCAGGAUACAAAAUUAAUGCACAGAAAUCUCUGUGCAAAAUUGCCAAAGCAAUCUUGAGAACGAAAAAACGAGCUGGAGGAAUCAGGCUCCCUGUCUUCAGACUAUACUACAAAGCUACAGUAAUCAAGACAGUAUGGUACUGGCACAAAAACAGAAAGAUAGAUCAACGGAACAGGAUAGAAAGCCCAGAGAUAUACCCACCCACACAUGGUCACAUUAUCUUUGAUAAAGGAGGCGGGAAUGUACAGUGGAGAAAGGACAGCCUCCUCAAUAAUUGGUGAUGGGAAAACUGGACAGGUACAUGUAAAAGUGUGAGAUUAGAUCACUCCCUAACACCAUACACAAAGUUAAGCUCAAAAUGGAUUAAAGACCUAAAUGUAAGGCCACAAACUAUCAAACUCUUAGAGGAAAAUAUAGGCAGAACACUCUAUGACAUAAAUCACAGUAAGAUCCUUUUUGACCCACCUCCUAGAGAAAUGGAAAUAAAAACAAAAAUAAACAAAUGGGACCUAAUGAAACUUCAAAGCUUUUGCACAACAAACGAAACCAUAAACAAGACUAAAAGAUAACCCUCAGGGGCUUCCCUGGUGGCACAGUGGUGGAGAGUCCGCCUGCCGAUGCGGGGGACACAGGUUCAUGCCCCGGUCCGGGAGGAUCCCACAUGCCGUGGAGCGGCUGGGCCAGUGAGCUAUGGCCGCUGAGCCUACACGUCCUGAGCCUGUGUUCCGCAACGGGAGAGGCCACAACAGUGAGAGGCCCGCUUACCGCAAAAAAAAAAAAAAAGAUAACCCUCAGAAUGGGAGAAAAUAUUUGCAAAUGAAGCAACUUAAAAAGGAUUAAUCUCCAAAGUUUAUAAGCAGCUCAUGCAGCUCAAUAGCAAAAAAACAAACAAACAUAUCCAAAAAUGGGCAGAAGACCUAAAAAGACAUUUCUCCAAAGAAAGUAUACAGCCUGCCAACAUACACAUGAAAGACUGAUCAACAUCACUAAUCAUUAGAGAAAUUCAAAUCAAAAUUACAAUGAGAUAUCAUCUCACACCUGUCAGAAUGGCCAUCAUCAAAAAAUCUAGAAACAAUAAUUGCUGGAGACGGUGUGGAGAAAAGGGACCACUCUUGCACUGCUGUUGGGAAUGUGAAUUGGUACAGCCACCAUGGACAACAGUAUGGAGCUUCCUUAAAAAAACUACAAAUAGAACUGCCAUAUGACCCAGCAAUCCCACUACUGUGCAUAUACCCUGAGAAAACCAUGAUUGAAAAAGAGUCAUGUACCAAAAUGUUCAUUGCAGCUCUAUUUAAAAUAGCCCAGAGAUGGAAACAACCUAAGUGCCCAUCAUCAGAUGAAUGCAUAAAGAAGAUGUGGCACAUAUAUACAAUGGAAUAUUACUCAGCCAUGAAAAGAAAAGAAAUGAGCUAUUUGUAAUGAGGUGGAUAGACCUAGAGUCUUUCAUACAGAGUGAAGUAAGUCAGAAAGAGAAAGACAAAUACCAUAUGCUAACACAUAUAUAUGGAAUGUAAGAAAAAAAAAUGUCAUGAAGAACCUAGGGCUAAGACAGGAAUAAAGACACAGACCUACUAGAGAACAGACCUGAGGAUAUUGGGAGGGGGAAGGGUGAGCUGUGACAAAGUGAGAGAGAGGUAUGGACAAUAUACACUACCAAACAUAAGGUAGAUAGCUAGUGGGAAGCAGCCGCAUAGCAUAGGGAGAUUGGCUCUGUGCUUUAUGACCGCCUGGAGGGGUGGGAUAGGGAGGGUGUGAGGGAGGGAGACCCAAGAGGGAAGAGAUAUGGGAACAUAUGUAUAUGUAUAACUGAUUCACUUUGUUAUAAAGCAGAAACUAACACACCGUUUUAAAGCAAUUAUUCCCCAAUAAAGAUGUUAAAAAAAAAAAAA